AUGAUGGUUUGUGGUGCACUCUUGCGGAUGUUUUGCGUGGUGCUGCUGCUACUGCUUUUGUGUGUGCCACAGCGGCUGAAGGUAGACGCUGCGGCUGCGGGCACUACCAAGGAGAAGCUCGAAGUCUCCUUGUCCAUUCUAGGGAAUUUGAACUACGAUGCACUUUUCGGCAGACCGGGCGGCUAUGGCGUGUGCAACCAGGGGCAUCCAUCCAUAGCAACGCCUGGGUGCGACUCCCCGAUGAAGCUUAUUCGCUCCGUCAUGGAUGACGUGGCUCACUGGAACCGGUCGUUCACCUUGAUCACGGGAGGCUUGCUUCGCCACGGCACAGAAAGCAUUACUACGACCGAAGUUGAAAACAUGAUGGGGGAUGUAUUGGAUGUAAUUGGCAAUAGUAGUAAUUCAAGCAGCGUAGCAGGGGGUGAAGGUGUGACGUUUUCAGUACAGGUGGCUAUCGGAGGCAAAGAUGUUGUUCCUGCCGAUUCCUUUACCAGUGAGGGGAGGCAGCCGCAGUUUCUGUGGUUAUUAGGUCUGAUGGAAUCAAAAGGUAUUAUAAAUUCAGUUGAGCACAAAAGGAUGGCAACCUGUGGGUAUUAUUUCCGGGACCCGAGUGGCACCAAACUUCGAGUGAUUUCAUUGAACACCAUGCUUUGGUCAAAUCUACCACACCCAGUACUUGGAGUGGGUGAGCUGGACCCAUGUGGGCAGUUUUUGUUCCUUCAAAAUGCCAUUGACCAGGCCACACAGCGUCGUCGAAGCGUGAUUGUUAUUGGUGACACCCCACCUAUUAUUAAUGUCGCAGAGGCCCUCCGCAAGGAAAGUGUUGCAGACGCCAAUAUUUACUGGCGUGAGGACUUCCGUGACUCAUACUUUCGUAUUAUUGCUGCCUACCGCUUUGUCGUUGCAGCCCAAUUUUUUGGGCACCCAAGCACGUUUUCCUUUCUGGUCUCCCCUGAGGUGGGUCCGCCGCUUUACAUCGUUCCCCCUAUUUCUCCAGUGAGGGGCAGCAAUCCAUCCUACCUACGAGCAACGUUGGAUAGUAGUACGAAUCGGGUGGUUUCGCUCACGCAGCGGUACCUGAGCGAAAACAAUACCUGGGUUGAGGGAGAAAGCUUAGAGAGUGUCAUUGAGGUGCCAAUGCGGGAAAAGGGGGAGUACCUGUCUGAGAACUUUUUGCUUAUCACCGAGCAAGAAAAGAAGUGGGAAAAAUUGAUGGCGAUGCAUGCUGGUGGCCGUUUCUUAACUGAAAAGAGUGCCUGUGGAAUGUGGUGCCGUCGCGUUAUUGUGUGUGCUUCUCGUUUUUACAGAAAAUCCAGUAUUGAGCGUUGUGCUCAUAUUAAUUUGCCCUCACAGCGACUCGGAUUGAUACUUGCAAUUGUUUUUACCUGUUUUAGUGUUCUUCUGAUUGCGCUUUCCUUCGGCUACGUGAUAACACACUACAAGGUUAUAUUUCACCCACCCGAUGUGGUGGGGGUGAGAAAAGGGCGGCAAAGGUUGUUUUCGGGACACACAGAUGUGGUGUUUAACGAACGGGGGUGGGGGUUGGGGUAA